CGUGUCCGUGCGCGUUCUCGUGGAGUGCAACGGAAAAACGGGACCUGUGCAAAAGUGAUCAGUUUGUUUGGAUCGAACAUCGAUCAACAGGAUGAACAGCGCAGUUGUGUACCCGCCCCCCACUGCCCCGCCCGCUGACAUGUUUGGGACCGUCCCCGGGUACGAAGGCACUGUGGCAGGAGGAGGAGGAUACCUGCCCCCUCCCGUACCGCUGGAGCCUGUAGCCCCGCCCCAACCUGGCCCCGCCCCCGCUGACUGGAGCAUCCCGUCUCUGUCGGAGGACGAUGCUCAGAAGGCCUUCAAGGAGUUUGCGUCGGCAAACUGCUGCUGGAGUAAAAAACCUGCGGAGGAUGGAGUCAUCACCAACAUGCAGCCGUUCAACACCUACAGGUACCGACUGGAGACGUUUACUGAGUCCAGGUCGACUGAAUGGGCCCAAAAACCUCAUGAAGGUGAGCCCGCUGACUUCUACACUCAGCCCGCCCCCCGGCCAUGGGAGGUCCAGGCCACGCCCCCCACAAUGUUUACCAAUCACACACAGGAGAUCCGCGUGCCUUACACCUCAUCUAUCAAGGACUGCAACACCUGCCACGCCUCUGGGGUGCAACCAUGUGGCGCAUGUCAUGGCGGACAUAAAGAGUGUUGGCAGUGUCGCGGUUCUGGAACAACUGGCAUUGAAACACAAUGUGGACAUUGCCGCGGUUCGGGUCAAGAAAGGUGUGACAAAUGUGACGGUCGAGGAACAAUGGCAUGUGACACAUGUAAAGGAAAACGACAGCUGCUGGCCUACAUCCAACUGAAAGUGGAGUGGGUUAAUAAUGUGGAGGACCAUGUUGUGGAGCAGAACUCUGGUCUGAACGUGGCAGAUCUUCACUCAGUGACUGGAAAAGAACUGUUCAAGAACAGCCAGUACCUGCUCUACCCUCUGGUCGGGUUCCCAAACCCGGUCAUUGCUGAGGCAUCGGAGAGGCUGAUCAGAGAUCACCAGAGCAAGUAUGCCCAGACCUCCAGGAUCCUGCAGCAGAGGCAGACAGUGGAGCUCAUCCCCAUCACCAAGGUCAACUACAAAUGGAAAGGAGACACUCAUGUCUACUACGUCUAUGGCAACGAGCACCAAGUCAGCGGUGAUUACCCAGCGACCUGUUGCUGCGUCGUCAUGUAGACGCGACGCACGUUGACGACAACAAACGUAUUUACCUUCAGAUGUUCACUGUUUGAUUAUCUACAAAGUGCUGUCCAUCCCUUUAUAAAUUAUGACCCGUAGAGAACAGACACAAUUAAAACCCAGUAUUGCAUUAAAGAUAAAACAUAAAGAGUAUUAGCAUGGUGCCUUUAAAACCCUGAGAUAUAAGGUGCUUUAUGAAAAUAACACUCAAUAUAAAGGCAGAAAUGGUCAAUUACAGAAAAAUAUAACAAAAAAAAUAAUGAUAAAAAACAAGGGUAUAUUGAUAGAAUUAAUGAGUACAGCAUGAACGUAACCAUACUACAGAAAUCAGAGAUCUGUUGAAUGUUUGUUUAGAAGUGGACUUGUUUUAAUAUGUACGUUUAUGAAUUAAUGUUUAUAAACUAUAUGGACAAAAGUAUUGGGACACAUUAUGUCUACAGCUGUAAGAUGUCCUGCUCAUGAUGAUUUGAGAUAAAAAUAUGAUUUUUUCCUUAAAGUUUAAUGGGAUAUUGUUUUUCCUCAGGGGGACGUGAAGAAAGUAGAUGGUUAGUUCAGGAAGAAAAUUAUUAUUAUAGUCAGAGCAUGAAAAAUAUUUUAGAAAUUUAGAGGUAGAACAUUUAAAAUUAU